AUGACUACUAUCAUGACUGUUAAUGGAGUGGAUUCUUUUGAUGAAUUACAUGGUUUCUGUUCUGGCCCAGUCGAGUUUGAUGAGAUUGACCAUACCUAUGAAUCCCAUUUACUGUAUCCUGAUGCUGAAAUAUUGAAACAGAGGAUUUGAUCAACUCUUCUGUUAGAAGGAAUCAAAAAAAUGGGGGAAGAAGCAGAGCCAAAAGAUUUAGAGAAUAAUGGGUUGCUUUGGAUACUUCCACAGCCAGAAGAUGAAGAGGAUGAGAAGGAAGCUUUGCUAUUUGAUGAAGAUGCCACAGGAGAGUGGGGAGAUUUACGUUCUUCAAGUAGCUUUGGCAGUGGGGAGUACAGGAGUAGGGACCGAUCAAGCGAAGAGCAGCAUUGUAAGGCCAUGAAUAACGUGGCUGAUCGGGAUUUUAGGGCUUCGAUUGCUCAACUUUUGGAGAUCGAAAAUCUACCUAUUGGUGAGGAAGGUGACAAGGAAAGUUGGUUGGAGAUAAUUGCAUCUUUGUGUUGGGAGGCUGCAACACUUCUGAAGUCAGACACAAGCAAGGGAGGAGGUAUGGAUCCUGGUGUAUUUGUGAAGGUCAAAUGCAUAGCUUGUGGGAGUCGCAGUGAGAGUAUGGUGGUCAAAGGAGUUGUUUGUAGAAAAAAUGUGGCUCACAAGAGAAUGACAUCAAAAUUUGAGAAACCCUGUUUCCUAAUCCUUGGAGGAGCUCUUGAGUAUCAACAGGUCUCGAACCUCCUGUCAAGUUUAAAUACUUUGGAGAAGGAAAUGGACCACUUGAAGAUGGUAGUUUCAAAGAUAGAAGCUCACCACCCCAAUGUCCUUUCAGUAGAGAAGUCAGCCUCGCAUUAUGUCCAAGAGUACCUCCUUGCUAAAGAUAUGUCCCUUGUUCUCAAUAUUAAGAGGCCUCUGUUAGAGCGUAUAGCCUGCUGCACAGGUGCACAAAUUCUUCCUUUGAUUGAUCAUCUCUCCUCGCAGAAGCUGGGUUAUUGUGACACAUCCCAUGUGGAGAAGUUUCUUGAAGAGCAUGGCAGUGCUGGACAGGGUGGGAAGAAAUUGGUGAAGACACUUAUGUUCUUUGAAGGCUGUCCAAAGCCAUUGGGUUGUAAUAUUUUGCUCAAGGGUGCUAAUGGGGAUGAGCUGAAGAAAGUGAAGCAUGUGGUCCAGUAUUGUGUGUUUGCUGCAUGUAAGUUGACCUUGGAGAUUUGUGAGUCCAGUGCAGGACCCGCAAGUACCAUCACCUCUUUUGCUUCUGUCCAUUCCUCCUCUUCAAGACAGUCUGAGUCCGAUAAGAACCAAAGCAAGCUUUCCCUAAAUAAUGCACUAGAGAUUAAAAGGAAAGUAGGUUUGGAAGAAUAUUUUGAGGCCAAAGCUUCAGCAACCAAUAGAGGCCAAGAUGUUGUGAAUAAUGAACUUGUUACUAGUGGUUUUGAAGCUCUGGAGCCCUCAGGGAAAGGUGGGGUUACUCUUAUUAAUCAUGACACCAAGGCUGGGAAUCAACCUGGUGUUUCAAGGUUGUCAUCACUACAUCAAGAUGGCAGUAACCACCCUGAGGAGCUGGUGCUUCCUUCAUCCCCUUCUGACCAUGAGAGUUUUUUGGUCUCUUUAUCAACUCGAUGUGUGUGGAAGGGGACUGUCUGUGAACGAGCCCAUCUUUUCCGUAUCAAGAACUAUGGUCGCUUUGACAAGCCUUUGGGGCAUUUUUUAUGGGACCAUUUAUUUGAUCAGAGUUACCAUUGCCGUUCAUGUGAGAUGCCAUCAGAAGCACAUGUUCAUUAUUAUAUUCAUGGACAAGGCAGACUCACGAUUUCUGUUAAGAAGCUACCAGAUCUUCUCUUGCCAGGGGAACGAGAAGGCAAGAUCUGGAUGUGGCACAGGUGCCUCCGGUGUCCAAGGACCAAUGGUUUCCCUCCUGCGACUCGAAGAGUGGUGAUGUCUGAUGCUGCUUGGGGUUCAUCUUUUGGGAAAUCAUUAAAGCUUAGUUUUUCAAACCAUGCUGCUGCAAGCAGGGUGGCCAGCUGUGGUCAUUCUCUGCACAGAGAUUGUCUCCGAUUCUAUGGGUUUGGGAGAAUGAUUGCUUGCUUCCAAUAUGCUUCAAUUGAUGUUAACUCUGUCCACAUUCUACCACCAAAACUUGAUUUUAACUAUGAAAGUCAGGAGUGGAUACAGAAAGAAGCAAAUGAGGUGGUUGACAGAGCAGAACUUCUAUUUACUGAAGUACUGAAUGCUCUCCAUCAGAUUUCAGAGAAAAGAUCAGAUACUGGGUCUGUUGAUAACAACCUGAAAGCACCUGAACCAAGACGCCACAUUUCAGAACUAGAAGGGAUGUUACAAAAGGAGAAGGCUGAAUUUGAGGUAUCUAUUCAGAAAACACUUAACAAGGGGCCCAAGAAAUGUCAACCUGUAAUUGAUAUUCUUGAGAUCAAUUGGUUGCAGAGGCAGUUGCUCUUUCAUUCUUAUGUGUGGGACGACCACCUGAUUUAUGCGUCCAGUUUAGAAAAUGGCAGCCAUCAGCAAGGGUUGAACAGCUCUGCACAGAAACAUAAGGAGAAACAUUCAAGUAAUGGUGAGAUGCUUAUCAAAAUAAAUUCCUUUCCUAGGCGAGAUGCUGGUUUUACCAGUAUACUUGAGGAUACAAGGCCUGAUGAAAGCCUUAAUCAAGGAGGAGAAAUUGGUGAGGUCCCUAACCAGCCUGGCAUAGUUCUAGCAGCAAGUGAGAUAGAUCAGGAUCAAAAACACAGAAAGGAGGGCCUGACUCAUGUUUCUGCUGGCAGCAGCCUUGCUAAUCAAUCUGAUCCAUUGGAAUAUGGGGUAGUUAUUCGAAGGGCCCUCUCGGAAGGGCACUUCCCUCUUAUGGAAAAUUUGUUAGACACCCUUGACGCAGCAGGGACGGGUAAAAAUCAAGCUGGAAGUGUAACCGAAUCUCUUGGACAUGCAUUACCCACGAAGCAGGCUGACACUGCAGAAGACUCUACAAGCUGGAUAGGGAUGCCUUUCUUGAACUUCUUCCAUUCUUUCAACAAGAAUUCUUCUGGGAGUGCUCCAAAGUUUGAUACACUAAGUGAGUACAAUCCUGUCUAUGCCUCAUAUUUUCAGGAGUUGGGAUGUCAAGGUGGAGCCAGGCUCCUUUUUCCCGUGGGUGUUAAUGGCACUGUUGUUCCAGCUAAUGAUGAUGAACCUACAAGUAUUAUAGAAUAUGCUCUGGUCUCCCAAGAUUACCAUCUCCAGAUAUUCGAUGGUCAGGAAAGACCAAAAGAUGGUGGGGAUCUUCACUUGCUACAUUCCUUCGAUGAUGGGCCACUUGGAAAGGUGAAGUAUAACGUGACUUGUUACCAUGCGAAGAGGUUUGAGGCGUUGAGGAGGACAUGUUGCCCAUCUGAGUUGGACUUCAUAAGGUCUCUUAGUCGUUGUAAGAAAUGGGGGCCUCCGGGUGGAAAGAGCAAUGUAUUCUUUGCAAAAACCUUGGAUGAUAGAUUUAUCAUCAAACAAGUUACAAAGACAGAGCUGGAGUCUUUCUUCAAGUUUGCUCCAGAGUAUUUUAAGUACCUGUCUGAAUCGAUCAGCUCAGGAAGCCUAACAUGUCUGGCAAAGAUUCUUGGGAUUUAUCAGGUUACAUCAAAGCACCUUAAGGGUGGGAAGGAAUCCAGGAUGAAUGUUCUCGUUAUGGAGAAUCUUCUGUUCGGCCGGAAUAUUACAAGACUCUAUGAUCUCGAUGGAUCUUUCCAGUCCCGGUAUAAUCUGGAUUCUAGUGGGAGCAAUAAAGUUUUUCUGGAUCAGAAUCUGGUUGAAGCAAUGCCAACUUCUCCAAUUUUUGUGGGAAACAAGGCUAAGUGGUUGCUUGAGAGAGCUGUCUGGAAUGAUACUGCUUUUCUUGCGUCGAUUGACGUAAUGGAAUACUCUCUACUGGUUGGGGUGGAUGAGGAGAAGCAUGAACUGAUCAUUGGGAUCAUUAAUUUCAUGAAGCAGUACACAUGGGACAAGCUCCUUGAGACAUGGGUGAAGUCUAUCUUUGGGCCAAAGAACUCAUCUCCCACAGUAAUCCCACCCAAGCAAUACAAGAAACAGUUCAGGAAAGCCAUGUCUGCUUAUUUCCUUAUGGUACCAGAUGAAUGGUCCUCACCAUCCAUCACCCCCAGUGGAUCCCAGUCCAAUCUCUUUGAAGAUAAUACGCAAGAUCUGACCUCCCUCGAGUGAGUGAAAACUGACCUGUAUAUCUGUAUCUGUUGAGAGAUUCAUGCUUUGAUCAAUCCCGUUUUUGAUUUGCCAAUUUUUAUGAGUCUUGUCAUCUUGUUCCUUUUCCCUGUUGCUACUCCCCCCCCCCCCCCCCCUGUAUGGCAUCCUCAUUCUUGUUCUUAAAAGAACAUCUGUGAAUUAUUUGUUGGAAGACGCAGGAAGGCUAUUUUGUGUGAAAGAAUUUUCUUCAGUGUGGUAUCAAAUAGGUGUCCAACUAUCUUUAUUGAAAUGUAUUUAUAAUUGCAGAGCA